AUGGCCUGGACCGACGAGGUGCACGAGCACCGGCUCAGCGUGGAGCGCCGGCGGGCCCGCAUGCGAUCCCAGGGCGUCCACGUCAGCGACGAGAACCGGACGGGCUUGAUGCCGCUCGCGCUGGUCGUGGCGGUGGUCGCGGGGAUCGGCUGGUGGCGGCGGGAGGGCCACAAGCUGAGGCGGUCCGCGUUCCCAGGGGCGGGCGUUCUGGCGCGUGUGCUGGGGAGGGAGGCGGGGGAGGACGGGCCCAGGCGGAAGGCCGUGGAGGCGGCGCGCAGGAGACUGCAGGGACAGGGAAGCAGCUCACGAUCUCAGGCGACGCGAACCACAUCCCAAAACGCAAGGCCCAACGACAAAGCACAGAAGAAGAAGAGCAAAAGGAAAGGAAAGUAG